AUGGCACUCUCUGUCGUAGGCAAACAUGCCCUUAUCACCGGUGGCGGUUCAGGAAUCAACCUCGCAUUCGCAAAGAAACUCCUCUCUCGCGGAUGCUCUGUCUUGAUUGGUGACUUGGGCCUACGUCCAGAAGCUCAAGAACUUCUGAAGCAAUAUCCGCAUGAGCUAUCGAAGCUACCAUCAGCUUCCCGGCCUGUUGCCUUAUUCAAGAAGACAGAUGUGAGAUCGUGGCCUCAGCUAUCAGAAUUAACCCGAGCGGCCGAGGCUACGUUUCCGCAGGUUGACAUUGUCGUGCCAGGUGCCGGAAUCUUCGAUCCCAAAUGGAGUUCCUUCUGGAACCCGCCAAAGUCGGCGACAAAUCCAGAUAGCUUGUCUCGAGACGACGCGAAUGGCGAUCCGGGUCAUUACGCUGUGCUCGAUGUCAACUUGACACAUCCGAUUCGACUCAGCCAGCUCGCCAUUGCGCAUUGGACCUCUCGUCGAAUUCCCGGGUCGCUGCUCGUUGUCGGAAGCAUGGCUGGCUAUCUCUACGGCAUCGGAACGCCUCUGUAUUACGCCAGUAAACAUGGCGUUCACGGCUUUGUUCGAAGUCUCGGCCAUUUACGGGAUACGGUUGGCAUUCGUACUGCGGCUAUUGCGCCAGGGGCUGUCAAUACACCACUGUUCACCGAUGAUCCAGAAAUAAUGAAGUUGUUUAAGGCAGAGUUAGCCACCAGCGCAGAGGAUAUUGCAGAUGCUAUGUUGGAACUGCUGGAGAAUCCGCAAUAUGGAGAUGGGACAAUAUUGGAGGCAACCUCUAAAGGCACAAGGGUUGUUCCCGCGUUUAAUGCCCCCAUACCGAACUUUGAAGAUAUAGCAGCAGCAGAAUAUCUGGCCGAGAUGGAGAGGCAAUGGAAGAAGAAGAUUACUGAGGAAGGGCUCAAAGUUUAA